AUGUGGGCGCCGGCCCUGCUCCUCCCGCUCCUCGCCGCGCCGGCCCUUGCGGGCGGCAGCGGCGGCGCGGGGGCCGCCUGCGCCGAGGGCGAGGAGGAGGAGGCGCACGCCCUGCUGCAGACUGCCGGGCAGAGCGGUGGCCGCCCCGCGGCGGCGCCAGGCGGUGCCGAGAGGGUCUCGGAGGCCGCUCAUGCGUGGCCGCGGGCCGGCCCGCCGCGGGCGGAGAGGGCCGUCGACUCGGCCGACAACCUCGUCAAGAGGCUCGUGAAGGAUAAUCGCGUCUUGCAGGAACAGCUAGAGGAGCUCCAGGCGAUCGUCGGUGACGACUCCGAGCUGUCGGUGCGGCUCCUGCUUGUGGCCCCUGUGCUCGCGGCGGCGAUUGCGGGAAGAGCGCCGAGCAAGCUGCAGAUUGCGCGGCGGAGCACGGCCUCGCAUUGUUUCCACGUCCAGGUGGAAACCACGGAGCAGGUCAAGGCGGCAGAUGCUGUGCUGCCUUCGGAGGAAGAGCUGGACUCGGAAGUGCAGGUCGUCGAUAUUGCCCCGCCUUGGUGCGUCAUGCUGUGCUUUUGCGGCGCCACUGUCUUCCAGAGCGCGGCGACCGUGGAGACGGGUCAGGCCGAGAUCGAGACGGCGGCGCCUUGGGCGCCGAAUCCGGCGGCUCCGCCUUUCACCCUUCUCGAGGCCAUGCACGCGCAGACCAUGAGCUUCGGCAUGCGCUCGCGGUCGCGCGGGCAGCCUUGCGUGCGGCGCCGUGCGAAGCUGGACGAAGCGUUCCGCUGCCAGCGUUGGGAGGCGAGCGCCGAGCGGGCUCGCUUGCUUGCCGACGCUGGCGCCAUGCGAGGCGGCGCGGCGUCUGGCGACAUCGGGCCCCCGCGGGGGAUGACUGCCCAGCGGGUCGCGGUGCCGUCGGGGCUGACGGACGUCCACAUGCUGUUCCUCGAGCUCGGGGCGGCGACGGCGGCCGCAGUGACGGGGCAGGUUUGCGCUAACAGUUCGCUUUCUCCGCCGUGGAGCUCGGAACAGAGUAUGUUGUCCCCCGCUUUCCUGCUCUUCGUCGCGUAUGGCGUCAAUGUCGACGCGCUCGGCUUCGAGGCGGAACCCGCCGCGCUGCUGCUGCGCUGCCCGCUGUGCCGGGCGGAGGGCCCCGCGGCGCCGCAGGCCCUGCGCCUGGACACCCUGCUCGGGCGCCUCGGCCGACGCCUCUCCCCGCAGGGAGAGGCGCUCUUCACCAAGGACCUGGCUCAGACGGACUCCGAGGGCCCCGAGGCGGACCAGGAUGCCGUCACGCGCGCGCGCCGCAGCGGCGCUUCUGGUCAGGGAGACAAGGGCGGCAAGGGUGGCAAGAGCUUCCCCUCGGCGGCCGCCCUCGAGCGCGAGAUCGCGCUGUUCGACGGUGGCGGCUCGAAGAAUGAGAUGCGCUGGUCUCGCUGCAAGCAUUGUGGCUCUCAGUGGACCCCGUUCCAGCCAUGCACGCCCUCCUCCUUCGGCACGCCUGGUGGAGUCUGGUCCGCUGGCUUCUGCGGCAACCUGCCGUACUCCCCAUUUGCUGCUGCUCAAGGGCCUCCAGGCACCUUCGCGCCCGGCGACAAUGGUGGUGGUAAAGGUGGCAAGUCGCCAGGCGGUCCAGCCAAGCCAGAGACCCUUCUUUCUCGAGAAGAGCAUGCGUCUUUGGCGGAGCUGCUGGCCAAGUCUGGCGACGCGCUGGGAGCGGCUAAGCAUCGUGAGUUGGCCAAGCCACCACCUGUGGCCAAGGAGCCCACCCUGCAGCACCAGGUCUCCAUGGCCCACAGCAAGCUGCGAGGCCUCGAGCGGAAGUUGCAGGGCGCUGUUCAGAGGUACGAGGAGUGGUCGGCGCAGAUGGUGGAGCAGCGUGCUUUGGUCACCAAGUUCACUGAGGAGUGCGAGCAGGCCGACGUUGAGCAUCGUCGACUUGUGGCCGCACUUCAUGCCCAGACGUCAGCGGCCGACAUGCAGAAGGUGCCAGAGGACAAGGCCGUGCCAUGUUCGCUGUCUUCGAUCAUGGACGGGUCCUUCACGGACAAGCUGGUCAUCGACCCCUCGGAGCUGCUUGGUGGCGUCGAGGAUUUCGAGCUCUCGGAGGCCGACAAGGAGGAGCUCGAGAAGAGGGGCAACCAGCUGCGAGAAGGCAUCCAAAAGUUGGCACAGCGUCUGUUCGCGCAGGCCUCCGAGACUGCCAAGAAGAUCCAGGUGCAGCUCCUGGCGCUGAUGGAGGUGGAGAUGCUGAGACAGCCGCAGCCGACUCUGCCACUGGUCCUGCGGCAGCAGCAGCGCAGCCUCCAGAGGUGGAUGCUGAAGCUACCGCUUCUGCUGCUCUACGUCAGCGGGCCGCCAAGAUCAUUCAGCAUGGGCAGCCUGAACAAGACCCUCCCCCUGCUGUCGCGUGCUGGCAAGCAGAGCCCGCACCCGCUGAAGCUGCAGUCGACGCUCGCCCUCGUGGGUACCUUCAGCCUGCUGCUGACGGCCUCUGGAGGCCACUGCUCGGCCCUUCUGGACAGUCUUGAGAUUUGCAUCCACACGGUGAAUUGCAACCGAUGGUCGACCAUGAAGGAGCUCAUGGCCAAGACUCCUGCGCACAUUAUCUGGUGCCAGGAGCACAGGCUGAGCCCCGUGUUGCGGGACCUGCGCUCCGGCGACGUUGGGGUGAGGCUCACCGCCCUGACCGAACUGUCUGAGCAGCUGAGUUUCAGCUCCGAGGAGUCGCUGCAGUCGUUCCCGUUCGACACGUGCAUCCCCGCGCUCAUCGGCCUCCUGGAGAAUCCCGGCGGCGGCGACGAGAUCUCCGCCCAGGUCAUGCUCCUGAGCUGCCGCUGCAUCUUCAGCAUCAUCGACAUCGUCCCCUCCACCGCGCGGAGCAUCGUGGCGGCCGGGGGCCUGCCGGUGCUGUGUGCGAACUUGCUGAACGUCGAGUACAUAGACGUGGCCGAGCGGGCCAUCGCCAUCAUCGAGCUCGUCUCGGAGGACCAGCCCCUGCAGGUGCUCAAGGCCGGCGGCCUGCAGGCCAUCCUUACCUUCCUGGACUUCUUCCAGAUCUCGACGCAGCGGCAG